UUCCCCACGCGAAUCGCUCCGCCUCCUCAUUGCCUCCACGCGCCCUGCUUCCGAGGCGCGGAUCCACUCGCUCCCCAGCCGGCGCGCCGCGGCCGCCAUCUCCGCCACCGGCUCGCGGGCUGCUGCCCCCGGCGCGGCGCGAGCGGCAGGCGGCGGCGUCGUUUGGUGCCGCGUCGGGGUCCCCCCCGCAGCCCGAGAUUCGGCUGCGAAAGGAAGGUGAUAAGGCGGGGCGCCCGAGAAUUGGCAGUAACUGCUGGGUUGCCGCUGGCGGGCGCUCAAUCCCGCGUCGGGCUGGGGAUUCCUACUGAUUUCUUGCCGAUUCGGGGCGCGCGAGGUCGCGUCUAUAUAGCUCGCAUUGGCGGCGCGCGGGGGUGGCGUCUCGGCCUCCGCCUCCGCCUCAGAGAGUGGGAGAAGCUCUGCUGCCAGCGGCCAGCGCGGCGCUGGUGGUGCAUUGAGUGGAGGCGAGGCGAUCCCCAUCCGCUCGUGUUCCCGGUGGAUUAUUGACGUGCGCGGGUGAAGAUGCCUCGUGGGGCGGAGUCCCUUUGAAUUGAUCGCGCGGGGGGGCCUCGCUUGAUGGUCUGCAAGGCGGCGAUGGGGAUCAAGGCGGCCGCGAAGCUCCGGUGCCCGCCUUCGGUGGCCGCCGCGGCGCGGUCGCGCCUGACGCCGUGGAUGCUGCGCGCCACCACGACGGUGCUGCUCUGGACCUGCGUCGUGCAGCUCACCACCGUGGGGAACACCUGGGGGCCCCGCGUGCUCAAGGGGUGGCCGUCGUGCCGGACGGCGCGGGAGGCGGCCGCUGCCGCCGCGGCCGCCACCACGCGGCUGGCGAUGCCGGAGCCCGUCGUGGUCGUGGAGAAGGCCGCGCUGCCGCCCAAAAGAAUUUACAGAAACAAUGGUUAUUUGAUGGUUUCAUGCAAUGGCGGGCUUAACCAAAUGCGAGCCGCUAUAUGCGAUAUGGUUGUAAUUGCAAGAUAUUUGAAUGUGACUUUAAUAGUCCCUGAGUUGGAUAAGACAUCGUUCUGGAAUGACCCGAGGUUUGUUUACUUUUCGCAAAUUUUCCUUUCCCCCAUUUUCUUUCUUGAACCAUUAGUGGAUUUUAUACUAUUAUUGAAAUGCAAUAUAGUUAUGCAGACCUCGUUUUCUCCUUGUUUCAGCGAAUUUCAAGAUAUAUUCGAUACUGAACAUUUUAUAACAUCUCUUAGAGAUGAGGUUCGUAUACUUAGAGAAUUGCCACCCAGAGUAAAGAGAAGAGUGGAAUUAGGGAAAUUUCACUCGAUGCCUCCUAUCAGUUGGUCGGAUAUCUCUUACUACCAUAAGCAGAUUCUUCCUUUGAUUCAGAAGUACAAGGUCCUCCAUCUGAAUAGAACUGAUGCUAGGUUGGCAAAUAAUGGUCUGCCUCUGGAGAUCCAGAGAUUGCGUUGCAGGGUGAAUUAUGCUGCACUGAAAUUUACGCCCCAAAUUGAAGAGUUAGGAAAGAGAGUAAUUAGAAUACUCCGUCAAAAUGGCCCCUUCUUAGUUCUUCAUUUACGAUAUGAGAUGGACAUGCUUGCUUUCUCUGGCUGUACUAAAGGCUGCACCCCUAAAGAAGCUGAGGAGCUUACAAGAAUGAGGUAUGCUUACCCAUGGUGGAAAGAGAAAGUAAUAAACUCUUUUGUGAAAAGAAAAGACGGUCUUUGCCCUUUGACCCCAGAGGAGAUUGCUCUUGUCCUUAGAGCAUUGGGCAUUGACCAAAACAUGCAAAUAUAUAUCGCAGCUGGUGAGAUAUAUGGUGGAAAGCACAGAAUGGCUUCUCUUACCUCGGCUUACCCUAACGUGGUUCGGAAGGAGACAAUUCUGAAACCUUCUGAUCUCAUGUUCUUUCAGAACCAUUCAUCACAAAUGGCAGCACUGGACUACUUGGUAUCACUGGAAAGUCACAUUUUUGUUCCAACAUAUGAUGGCAACAUGGCUAAAGUCAUCGAGGGCCACCGCAGGUACAUGGGCUUCAAGAAAACAAUCUUGUUGGAUCGAAAACUUAUAGUUGAGCUGGUAGAUCAGUAUACUAGUGGAUCUUUGCGGUGGGAUGAGUUCUCUUCAUUGAUCAAGGCUGUCCAUGCCAACCGUAUGGGAUCAGCUGCCACCAGGACAGUGAUCCCGGACAGACCCAAAGAAGAGGACUACUUCUAUGCCAACCCUCAAGAAUGCCUGCGAGAUCCCAAUCUGCUUCGAACAUCGUGAUCUUUUCAGCACUCCUCUUGCCAUUCUUUCUGUAACUUGGCGUGGCUGAGCUUAAGAUGAUCCAUCAAUCCUCGGAGAGCCCGUCCGAUGGAGAGCUAGCAUGCUGUUGGUUGCAGUUCAUAACCAUGGAAGGUCUGCGGCAACGGUUGGUUUAGAAACUAGAAAGGGUGAUUGAUACUUGAAUGUAGAUGGUACAUAGAUGAUAGGCAUACUACUGGCACGGCGAGGCAAGUCUCUUGAUUACACCAGCAAAUGCAAAGCUGACGUUCAUGUUUAGAUGUUGUAAUUUCCAUAAGAAUGAUCUUUGUAAGGGACGUUGUUCGAAAGAGAAAAGAAUUGAUGUUUUUUUACCCCCAAAA